AUGAGUGGAGAACAGUCAGCUAGCAAUUCCAGCGAUAUAUUAGAUUCAAUAAAAAAUGUGAAAUUAUGUGCAGUUCGAGCUGUUGGAGAAGCAAAUGCUUUACCGAUGCGUGCUGAAGGUUAUGAACUGUAUGCAAGCUUUCCGGUGUAUGCCAAUCUUAUGUUGGAACAACAGAGAAGGAUUACUGUUAUGUUACGUGAAGUAUUGCAGAACGCGGGUUGUCGAAUUCCAUUACCAACAAGGAUAAGUGAUCUUGAUGAAUUCUUGGAUCGUAUUGUUGAGGCAAACGAUAGUAUCUGCGAACGAGCGGGUAUCUUACUUGAUUUGCUACAAAAAGCUAGACGUAUGGAAGAGGUGGUUGUACCACAGCAAAUUCUUGAUGCGGAAAGUACAGUUGCAUCUGAACAAACAUUAUUUGAGAGACAGGGACGUUAUGCUGCACUUUUACGACGUUUACCUGGAUAUAAGGAAAAAUUGUCAUCACCAGCGAUUACUACUGCAGUUCCUUUGCUGACAUCCAAGGAGAAACCGCAAAUUGUUUUUGGGAUUGAAGUUGAUAAUAGCUUUGCGGAAUUCAAGCCAAAACUAAAGGAAAAGCAUCAUGCUGUGGAAAAUUUCGUAAAGAAUUUACAAAUUGUUGACUGUGAUAAUGAUGGUAAUCAAAGUACUAUGUGGCACAACGAUCAGGGAACGAAUUUACAUCCUUAUCACAGUGAACUGAAUCAUUUUAAGAUUCCGGGAAGGCAGUUAACCAUCGGAGUAGUUGAACCGCUGAAGGCACUAUCGGACACUGAAUUGGUAUACGUUGAUACGCUAGAGAAGUUAAGAAGUUUACGAGAUGUUUUGAACAAGGAACAAGAAUUCAGUGUAGAUCUUGAGCAUAAUGCGCAACGUUCAUUCCUUGGAUUAACUUGUCUGAUGCAAAUUUCAACACGUCAGAUGGAUUACAUUAUUGAUCCUUUUCCAUUAUGGAACGAUAUGCAUAUCCUAAAUGAGCCAUUUACGGAUCCAAACAUAUUGAAGGUUUUUCACGGGGCAGAUUCGGAUAUUGUUUGGUUGCAACGAGAUUUUGGCAUUUAUGUUGUUAAUAUGUUUGACACAUAUAAAGCAAUGAGAGUGCUUAAUUUUUCAAAAUUUUCUUACCAACAUUUGGUCCAAACUUGUUGCAACCACACUUUAGAUAAGAAGUUUCAAAAAGCUGAUUGGCGUUUAAGGCCACUUACGAUUGCUCAUAAGACAUACGCUAGAAGUGAUACUCAUUAUCUGUUACACUGUUAUGAUCAACUUCGUAAAAGACUUCUCAGUCAGGAAAAUGCUGCUAACAAUCUUCUCGAAUUUGUUUACAAUGAAUCUGCUCAAACUUGUCUUACUGUUUAUAAAAAGCCGAAGUUUGAAAGUGAUGGAUAUGAAAAAUUAUUGGUAGGAAGGAAACCCCUGAAUUCUCGUCAGCAGUUUGCUUUGGCAGCUUUGUGGAAAUGGCGUGAUGAGCGCGCAAGAACGGAUGAUGAAAGUCCUCAGUAUGUCUUGCCGUGUCACAUGAUGCUACAGAUUGCUGAGGUACUUCCUCGGGAAAUGCAAGGCAUUCUGGCAUGUUGUAGUCCUGUUCCAGUGCAUGUUAAGCAAGAAUUACAUAUUUUACAUCAAAUCAUUAAUACAUCACGCGAUCAACCACUUGUAAAACGUCCAAUUUAUGCACCAAAUAUUGGUUCGUUGACAUUAGAAGGUGUCACAUCGCAACUGAAUAAAAUGAAUGCAGUUAAAGCAAUGCUAAGGUGUCAUUUGGAUUUUUCAUCAACCAAAUAUAAUGAAGAAAUUCGUGACAUUGUUACACAACAUGAUGACAAAGUGAAGUGUGAAAACGGUGCAACAACAGGUAGUGGUGAUGGCUUCCUUUCAACAGAACUUUAUACAAUUGGUGAAGAUAAUGAAAUGGAAAGUGAACGUUUAACUAAAGUUAUGGAAAAAUUGGAAGACUGGGCAACUCCUUAUGAGUGCUAUCGGAUUGCUAUAAUUGAGCAAAGUUCGAAGGCAAACAGCGAGUGUAAAGAGAAGAACGAAAAAACAGCGAAAAGGGAACAAAGUGCUCCAGAAGAAAAGAAAUUAUGGUCGCAUCUUGAUUCCACUACAAAUAAUCCAGGAUUUACUGAAGAAAAAAUGGCAGCCAGUGAAUUGCAAAUGGAAAGUGAAAAGAGAAAAAAUGCUGAAGAAGAGAUGAAUAUUUACGAGGAAAUGACCUUAACAAAAAAUGAGUUAAAGAAAAGGAGAAAACGAGGCGCAGGUGAAAUUAAUAUCGCAUUGAUGAACGAUGUAAGUGAAAUACAAAAAAGCAGUGUAGAAGCUGUGGGGAAACGAGGUCGAAAAAAUAAUUGGACCGAUGCAGGGGAAAAGUGUGAUCAACGAGUUGACUACAGUACCUUUAAUCCUGAUAUUUUCAAUAAAAACGCUGUACCAAUUUCGGAAACAUAUGAUCCAUUCAAACAGUGGAGACGUGGAAGAUCGAAACCUCAACGUGGCCGCCGAGUGCAGAGGGGGCGUAAACUGUGA